AUGAACAAAAGCAUCACAUCUCGGUGGAAACUCCCUCAAAAUAACUGUAGCAUAUCUGCACCUGCUUCUACAGCCCCGUCAACAGUUGCUUCGCCCUCGGUUUCAGAGCCUGGAACUCCUCUUCUUGAUGGGACAGAAACACCUAAAAUUCUGACAGAUCUAGUACCACAACAACACCAUCAACAACAACCGCAACAACAACCGACUUAUUCAUUAGACCCCUUGGCGGUCGAUGCGACUCCGACAGCACUCGCUCACGUUGCAGCUGAGGUCGCAAUGUCAGGAGGCAAUAAUAAACCUAUUUCAAAAAAGCGCCCCAAAUCCUCCUCAAACACCCAUUCAGAAUCUCCAGGAAACAAACGGUACAGAGCAUCGGCAGGAAAUUCAGAGGGUACUAAUCGUGGGGGGGCUGAGCAUGCUCCGCCCAAAGUUCGUCUCGAGGACUUGGGAGGGGUGGAUCAUUUUAUUGAGAAAGUCAAGGAGUAUGUGAUGAUGCCCCUAGCACAUCCUGAAGUCUAUGCACAUAUGGGGGUCAAGCCUCCACGAGGCAUUUUGCUGCAUGGACCUCCAGGAACAGGCAAAACGAUGAUGGCAAACGCGAUCGCAGGAAGUUUGGGAGUGCCUUUUAUCACCAUAUCUGCCCCUUCAGUUGUCUCAGGAAUGUCAGGAGAAUCUGAAAAAAAGAUUCGUGAAGUCUUUGAAGAAGCCAAGGAGCUAGCACCUUGUUUGAUGUUUAUCGAUGAAAUCGACGCUAUUACACCCAAACGAGAGACUGCACAGAGAGAGAUGGAGCGUCGCAUCGUUGCACAACUACUUACUUGCAUGGAUGACCUGAAUCUGGAAAAUACUAAUGGAAAGCCUGUGAUGAUUAUUGGCGCAACUAAUAGACCAGACUCGUUGGAUCCAGCUCUUCGACGUGCUGGCCGAUUCGAUUUAGAGAUCAAUAUCGGAGUUCCUGAUCAAGAUGCCCGUGAGCAGAUCCUUCGUGUCAUGUCUUCGAAACUAAAAUUAGCUGGAGAUUUUGAUUUCAAGGAGCUAGCCAAGCUUACACCAGGAUAUGUGGGAGCUGAUUUGAAUGCAUUGACGUCUGCAGCAGGUGUUGUUGCUCUGAAGCGUAUUUUUCAGGAGAUUGGUAAUGUCGAUAAAAUUGCCGAGGUCGAGGUAUUGGAAAAUGUCACUGAUGAAUUAGAAAUGAUGGAUAUGGAUCAACAGACAUCGACGGAGGUAGUGUCUAGUACAACAAAUGAAAUGCAAGUUGAUGGUUUCAAAAGAGAAGCAGCACCGCAAGCGAGUGAUAGUAAUACAUUCACGACUAUAACUACUACAAAAGCAACAAUCCAGAAGCAACCCUAUAAUAGCCAUCACAAACCUGUACAUUCAAUCAGCGCUUUUCUUCAAUCACACCCGGAACCCUUGACUCCAGAGCAACUCGAGCCACUUGUGAUUACUAACGAGGAUUUCUUAGUUGCGCUGACCAAGGUUCAACCAUCCGCGAAACGUGAAGGCUUUGCUACAGUUCCUGAUGUCUCAUGGGACAAGAUCGGAGCCCUACAAUACGUCCGUGAUGAACUACGCAUGGCUGUAGUUGAACCUAUUAAAUACCCUGCUUUGUUUGCUUCCGUAGGCAUCCAGACCCCUGCUGGUGUCUUGUUAUGGGGUCCUCCUGGAUGCGGCAAGACGUUAUUGGCGAAGGCUGUAGCGAGUGAAUCUAGAACAAAUUUCAUAUCUGUCAAAGGGCCCGAAUUAUUGAACAAGUAUGUAGGUGAGAGUGAACGAGGUGUACGACAAGUUUUUGCGCGUGCUCGCGCAUCUGCCCCCUGCGUCAUCUUUUUCGACGAGUUGGACGCACUUUGUUCAAAGCGCGAUGAUUCUCAGUCCGAAGCCUCUGCUCGUGUUGUCAACACAUUAUUGACGGAGCUGGAUGGUAUGGAAAAUCGAUCAGCAGUCUACGUAAUUGCUGCAACAAAUCGACCAGAUAUCAUCGAUCCUGCCAUGCUUCGUCCUGGGCGUCUUGACAAAUUACUAUAUGUUCAGCUUCCAACAAUGGAAGAGCGUCUCGACAUUCUGCAAACAUUGGCUCGAAAGACGCCUUUAGCCUCUGAUGUGCAACUUCAAAUGGUAGCAUCUGAUGAGCGUUGUGAAAACUUUUCGGGUGCAGACUUGGCUUCAUUAGUUCGAGAGGCAGGUAUGUCGGCUUUGAGAACAACAUUGAAAAAGCUGAAUGCCAUGGGUAAGGCCGGUGAGAAGCUAGACGAUCAGCGCAGGCAACAAACCACGGUAGGAGACUCUACCAACACAUCAAUGAUGGGCAAAGAUGCCUUGAUUGGUGAGGACAACACAGUGGCCGAGCUAUUGUCGACUCAAAUCAUGGUCUCUAGGGCGGAUUUUGACACCGCAUUCACCAAAGUCUCGCCGAGUGUCUCACCACAAGACAAGAUGAAGUAUGAUAAGCUGCAUGUCAAAUUCGGCGGUGGUUCUGCAAAGAUCAAGUUGAAGCAGAAACAAAUCGACGCAAAGGAAUCGAGUACAGAAGGACUCGGACUCUUCACAUAA